CCGACCUAGCCCAGCCCUCGGCCUCGCCAUGGCCCUGGUGCGAGACGCGGAGCCCGCGGCGGGGCCCUCCCGCUGGCUGCCCACGCACGUCCAGGUGACGGUGCUGCGGGCCAGCGGGCUGCGGGGCAAGAGCUCGGGCGCCGGCAGCACCAGCGACGCGUACACGGUGAUCCAGGUGGGCCGCGAGAAGUACAGCACGUCGGUGGUGGAGAAGACGCAGGGCUGCCCCGAGUGGUGCGAGGAGUGCUCCUUCGAGCUGCCGCCCGGCGCCUUGGACGGCCUGCUGCGGGCCCAGGAGGCGGACGCGGGCGCGGCGCCCUGGGCCCCCGGCGCCGCCGCCUGCGAGCUGGUGCUCACCACCAUGCACCGCUCGCUCAUCGGCGUCGACAAGUUUCUGGGUCGCGCUACCGUGGCGCUGGACGAGGUGUUCCGCGCAGGCCGCGCCCAGCACACGCAGUGGUACAAGCUGCAUUCCAAGCCAGGCAAGAAGGAGAAGGAGCGUGGGGAGAUCCAAGUGACCAUCCAGUUCACACGGAACAACUUGAGUGCCAGCAUGUUUGACCUGUCCAUGAAGGACAAGCCGAGGUCCCCUUUCAGCAAGCUCAAGGACAAAAUGAAGGGCAAGAAGAAGUAUGAGCUGGAAUCGGCCUCAGCUAUUCUCCCAAGUAGUGCCCUAGAGGACCCCGAGCUGGGCAGCCUGGGCAAGAUGGGCAAAGCCAAAGGCUUCUUCCUCCGCAACAAGCUGCGCAAGUCUUCACUCACCCAAUCCAACACCUCUCUGGGCUCUGACAGCACCUUGUCCUCGACCAGCGGGAGCCUGGUCUGCCACGGCCCUGGUGCUGAGUUCCUCGUCCGCUCACCGAGCCACAGCAGCUGGCUGUCCACUGACGGGGGCAGGGACUCCACACAGUCACCUAAGCUCCUCACCCACAAGAGGACAUACAGCGAUGAGGCCAGCCAGAUGCGAACAGCUCCUUCCCGGCUCCUUGACCUCCAGGGUCACCUUGAUGCCGCCUCUCGCUCUUCCCUCUGUGUCAAUGGAAGCCAUGUUUACAACGAGGAGCCCCAGGCCCCCUUACGACACCGCAGCUCCAUCUCAGGCCCCUUCCCACCCUCUAGCUCUCUGCACAGUGUUUCUUCCCGGCCCUCUGAGGAGGGACCUCGGUCCUCAGAUGACUCCUGGGGCAGAGGCAGAAGCAGCACAGGCAGUUCAGAGGCUGUGCCUGCACAAGAGGAGCUGGCCCCAGGGUCCAGUCGCUGUGGAGAGGAGGAGGAAGGGGCCCGACCUUCAGAAGGAAAGCCAGUUCAGGUGGCCACACCCAUGGUGGCCUCCUCUGAGGCUGUGGCGGAGAAGGAGGGUGCUCGCAAGGAGGAGCGGAAGCCACGGAUGGGCCUCUUCCACCACCACCACCAGGGGCUUAGUCGGAGCGAGUUGGGGCGCCGUGGCUCUGUCGGGGAGAAGGGAGGUCCUACCCUGGGGGCCUCCCCCCACCAUUCUUCCAGUGGCGAGGAAAAGGCCAAGAGUAGCUGGUUUGGCCUGAGAGAAUCUAAGGAAUCGACUCAGAAGCCCAGCCUGGACGUGUCUCCUCAGGUAGAAUCUGACCCAGCUGCUCCUCCUCGCCCUUGCUCCCCCUGGGCUCCGGCCCCCCCUGCUCCUGCUCCCACUGCUGCUCCUAUGCUAAGCACUAACCUUUUUGCAGCCGCCUCCCCUGCUGCUGCCACUGCUGCCGCCACCACCUCUGCCCCCGAAGCCACCCCAUCUGGAUUCUUGGGUGUCACCAACCCAUUCCUCACCUCCUUGCAGAACAACCCUUUCUUCGAGGAGCUCGUAGCCGACAUAGCACUAAAUUCUCCUUCACCUGCUCCCUCUCUCCCCAGUGCCUCGAGGGCCAGCCUGGCCCCCCUGGCCUCCCCUGGGAAAACCCUGCCUGAGUGGGACAACACCUUCAACGUCUUUGCUGCCAGCAGGCUGCUUCCGGAGGCCAGGAGUGAGAUCCUGGCUCCUGCAGGAGUGGGGCUGGAGGCGGCUGGGCUUCAAGACCCAGACUCUGGGACCACGACAGUGAAGACAAUGAAGCCGCAGGGAGACCCUGGGGGAGGAAGAGGUGGGAGCAGCACGUGGCUGGAGCCCGGGGCUCCUGUGGACUCAGAACUAGACCAGCCGAGCUCCAAUGUGUCCGAUCCUGGUCUCCUCCGAUCUUCAGGGACUGGCCCAUCCUCCGCCACUGCUCAGAUGCUCCUGCGAGCCUCAGCCUCAGCACCGGAUGGGGAGCUGCCUGGCCCAGAAGGGGGAGCUGGGCAGAGCCCAGCAGAUAGUGGGGCAUCUCUGUUUAGCUCCCCAGAAGUGCUCAGUGUGUGGGAAAAACUACCUGGUUCAGAUGACAUCCCUGAGGGCCAGGAUGAGGAGGUUCCCCAGGGUGGAAGCCAGCUUUUUCAAGAGCUCAGCACAGUGGAGGAUUCCUGGCCUUGGGAUGUAGUCACCAUUUCUCCUGCAGCUGAGGUGGCCCUUCCAAUCCCAUGGGGAGAGUCUCAUGAGGCACCUUCUCCCCAGGUGCAGCCUGAAUCACCAAACAUUGUGUGCCCUAAGGAGAGUGAGGGGUUUCUUCCAUUGCAGCUGGAGCCAAAGCCAGAGCUUGAGCCUGAGUGGGGGUUGGAUAAUGAGGGGCUGUGGCCUGACACACCACCUCCCAAGCCACCACGCCUCUUUACACCUUCCAGUUCUCAGGUGGAGGAAGAGGAGGAGGAAGAAAAGACUGUAGGGAGGCUGAGUAACAGGGGGGCAGAGAUAGGAGAAGACUCUACCCCAAGUGCACUGGUUGUUGGUCCCCGGGAGUUCAAGGAGGAGGGUGAGAAGCUGGAGUCAGAGGAAUCUCACAGUCCAUCUUCUGGGACUUUGCUGGGCAAGCCAGGCCUGAAAGAGCUAGCGGGAAAUUCUGGCAUCCCUGGGUCUGGGGCCUGCCUACCUGUACCCAUCAGCUGCUCUGAGAGCAUUGACCUCAGACCCUGUAACUCAAUAUGCUCAGCUUUUCCAAGUCAGCAGAUCUGGGAGGCUCCAGAAACGGAAGGCCUUGAGACCCACAGCCAGAAGCCAGCAGAAGAGGGGUUUGGGCUCCUAUCAGAUACCCCCCAGCAGGCUGAUCGGUGGGUCUUGGAGGAGGAUGCCUUGAACCCCUUCUUGUCUCAAGAGAGCCGAGAUCCCCCCAGUUUUCCAUCCACAUCACCACCAGGGUCCAGGGAAUCAUCCAUCCUCUCUGGUCCAGAAGAGCCACCAACGUCCCCAGAGCCUGUCUUUUCACUACCCCCUCUCCCACCCUGGGCCAGCCACCGCCACGGGGUGUCUGGAUCUUCAUGCCCUUCCCUGCCUGGAGCCUGGCCCAUGACCUCUUCCUCCCCACCCCUGGGGGAGCCAGCCUUACCCCCUGUUCCCCUUGAUCCAUCCCCAGCUGGGGGCUCCCCAGCCCCACAUGGGGAAGACCACGCUGCAGCCACCCCAGCCUCCCUGCUUGUGCUUCUGCCCUUGGAGACACGACCAGCUGAGGAGCCCCAUCCCAGUGCCAGUCCCCACCCAGUGAAGCCCCUCAGCGCUGCUCCCAUGGAGGGCAGCCCUGACCGGAAGCAGUCCCGCUCCAGCCUGAGCACGGCCCUGAGCAGUGGGCUAGAGCGGCUCAAAACAGUCACAUCCGGCAGUGUUCAGCCUGUGGUCCCAGCACCCCAGCUUGGCCCAACUGUAGACACCAAGAGGCUGAAGGACUCUGCCAUGCUGGACCAGUCGGCCAAAUACUACCACCUGACACACGACGAGCUCAUCAGUCUACUCUUACAGCGGGAGCGGGAGCUGAGCCAGCGGGACGAGCACGUGCAGGAGCUGGAGAGCUACAUUGACCGGCUGCUGGUGCGGAUCAUGGAGACCUCACCCACACUGCUUCAGAUCCCCCCCGAGUCCCAUAAAUAGCCCCCUUCAUAUAUCUUUGGAGGGUUGGCAAGGACCUGCUGCCAGGCAGGGCUUGUUGUUCCUGCCUGCCUGCCUUCCACUGAACACUAUGACCUGGGCAGGGCACAACCUAUCCUGGUAGGCAUUCCCUGCUCCCUUCUCUCUCUUGCCUCUGCUGGGGCUGCUAGAUGGGGAGUCCGUGUACAUUUAGGUGUCUUUGGGAAUCCUGGGUCUUUCCCAUCUGUCCGUUUUCAUACCUCUUAGCUUUGGGAGCUCCAGGCAGCCACAGGAUCAUUAGCUCUUAAGAUAGAGCAGGGAUGAGCUAUGGUUGGAUGUAGUGUCUGGGGCAAGACUAUUGCUAGCCAGACUUAAUCACCUCACAAAAUGGCCUGUCAUUUCUUCCUUCAGCCAGUCAAUCCCUCAUCUUCAUUCCCCUCCAGCACCUGGAGGGCCUCCUGAUACUAACUAGGACUCCGACAAGGACCAAGUUGCCUGUUUGUACAUUGUAGACAGCCGGGUACUUACUCUGCAGCUUUGCGCCUGACCCGAGAGCAGGGAGCCCGUGUGGUCUAGUCAUUUCUGUCGGGAGCUGUGUGUAGUGUGGAUGGAGGUGGUGGUGGUGUUUUCUGUAGCUAUUCCCUGCCACCCCGGGGGGUGGGGUGGGGAUGAGACUAGGUGCAGGGAGAGUACUAACCCUCUUCAUGUUCUCACCACCUCCCACCUGUAGUCUUCUCCAGAUUGGGGUUUGGGACUGUUGUUUUGGGGAUCAACUCUCCAUGUGUAUUCUUACUGCUUGUCCAGAUGCCAAAACUGUGCUGCUGUGGGGGUUGGAACUUUUGGAAACCAAUUAAAAUGUGCCUUCUGUAGGUGAGGUCAAGCACCUCAGGAUGUAGACUUUUCUCUGGCUGUGGUGUCCCCUUCCUCCUGUUGAGCACACACAAAUGGCUGUUAGGGUCCUAGAAGAGGAAUGUGGGCCAGACUCUUCCCUUCCCUUAGAGUACCUCAGCUCGGGCUCUGACCAAACUGUUGCUGCCCCCUCAGUUUUCCUGCCACCUCCCUCUCAUCCCUUGAUCCUUUUCAGAGCAUCCUGGAUUAAGAACCUAGUGGGCAGUAGGCUGCCCUGCUCCUUCACUGCAUCUGGCCUUGGGUUUUAGCUAGGCUGGACAGUUGGCUGGUCUGGAAGUGGGAGGCCACACUGUGCUUUAAGAGGACAUCUGUAUUUAGGGAAAAGAUUCUUUGUUGCUCUUUACCUGUCUCCUAAGCUGCCAAGCAGCCUGUUUCUCCUGCCCCAGCGCCUUGCCUGGCUUGGCUAUACUUUGAAACCAAGUAUCUGCCUGUGGCCCAGCUCCUGGUUUGCUUGUGGAGAACAUGGCUGGCAUCAUCUUUGGUGAUAUGGGCACCAUGCAUUAACAAAAGGUGAGAGGUAAAGAGUUGCCAAAGAGGCUACUUUAGGCCUCUGUCAGGCUGCCUCCUCUUCAUGACAGGCCAUAGCUUCACUCAGAAGGACAGAUAUGCUCUGUGGGUAAGUCUUCUGCAGCAUGGAGCUGAGGAACCCCAUACCUGGGGUCCUCCAUCUUGUAGAUUUACUACCUUAGUUCCACUUAUCAGAGCUGAAAAAAGUUAUCCACAGUUGCCCAGAUCUUUGGCCACUUUUGUGUGUGGCAGGGGAAUAUGCUGGGGAUCGUGUCCCUUCCUUGGUAGGUAUUCCUCUGGGCUCUGUUUGGUCCCAGCCCUGUCCCUCAUCAUCCACCUGUCCCUUCUGAUGGGCCUCCCACAAGGCCCAGGCAGGGAUGUCUUCUGGAGAAGAUUUGAACUUCAACGUUUAGCUUGAUGUUUCUGCCCCUAGCCACACAUCAGAAGAUCGCCACAGUGGGGUAGGCAGGGAGCAGGCACAGCUCUGCUUUGCUGUUCAUCUUCCUAGUUGUAACUCCUGUUUAUAAAGAGCUUGUUCUUCAUGUUUGAACACUAUGAAGAAUAAAGAAUUCACAUACUGCA